AUGCAUCCGUGCUUCAAUGGGUAUUCAUUUCUACGAGACGAGUCCCAGCGGACCACCAGAGCAACAGGGAAGAUUAGGCCCGGCCCAGCAAGGGCACUCGUUGCUUCCCAAAUUCCCAGUGUUGUUUGGGCAGAAGAUGCGCUUUCCUUCGUCCACCGGGUCCCUACCGAGUUGUUCGAUUUCCAGAUACUCGUUCCGGACGACAAAGUUCACGUCGCGGCACAAGAAAUCUGCCAUAGACGACCCUAUUCUAUCGUCGAUGGCUCUAAAGACGAGAUAUGGCUGGACUACAAGCUUUACAAUCAGGAGCGCCCGCCAGCAUUCAAAUUUGGAGAAACGUCUCUGCUUCUAAACAAUAGUGAGGCGAAGGGCCAUGAACCUGAUCAAGUCCUGGUGCACGCCGCAUCCACCUUCCACUUUGACCUUGCAGACUCAUCGCGCACCUGUCUGAACCCAGACCCUCCAGACCCGGAGUCGUCUCCUAUUCGCUAUCCUACGCUUGCCGCGUUCCUCGAUAGUCUCGUUGACACGUUUUACGAACCACCUCUCCCCUACCUUCACCAAAUAUUCCGCUCCAGACUGAAGGUUUUCCUCAGCUACCUGUUCCUUUAUAGCGUCGGCCAUGAGGGAAAUUUGGUUGUUGAAGAUCCAGUCACAAAGGAAAAGUUGCCCAUUCCGGAGUGCAUGCGUUUACUGCAAGAGGUCAAGUAUGAAAACCGGCCCUUUCUGAUUCGCCACAUCCUUCAAUCUCAGGUUCUGGAUUACCACGAUGGCUUCAUAGAACGUCGAGAGCUCAAAGCUGAAAGGCUUGCAAAAUUGGGGAUGAAAUAUGUCCCCCCACCGAUGCCUUACUGCCCGCUUCGCCGGCAGAGAGGCAUUCCGGAACCCCCGCAUGAGCCUCGCCUUACUCCAUACCUAACCAAAGGGAGAAACGGUAAACCAGGUAUCGACUGGCGCCCGCUGGCGAGAUAUGCCUCAAUCGCCCAUCGCCUCCUCAGAUGA